AUGGUAAGUGGUCUUUGUGUUUCACAUCGUAAAUUCCAUGCACCACGCCACGGACACUUGGGUUUUCUCCCUCAUAAACGUAGCAAGAAGCACAGAGGCAGAGUCCGUUCGUGGCCUAAAGAUGACCCCGGCAAACCCGUGCACCUCACUGCUUUCCUGGGAUACAAGGCCGGCAUGACCCACACCCUCAGAGAGGUGCACCGCGUUGGUCUCAAGCAAUCAAAACGUGAAGAAGUGGAGGCAGUUACUGUAAUCGAGACCCCCCCGCUCAUGGUGGUUGGAGUUGUCGGCUACAUCCGUACCGUGCGGGGUCUGCGCGCUUUCAAGACCAUCUUUGCUGAGCAUAUCAGCGAUGAGUGCAAGCGGAGAUUCUACAAAAAUUGGCACAAGAGCAAGAAGAAAGCUUUCACUAAAUACAGUAAAAAGUGGCAAGAUGAAGCAGGAAAGAAAGCGCUGGACAAGGAUUUUACUCAGAUGAAAAAAUAUUGUUCAGUCAUUCGGGUUAUUGUUCACUCUCAGAUGCGAUUGCUACCCCUAAAACAGAAGAAGGCUCACAUUCUGGAGGUGCAGUUGAACGGGGGCAGCAUUUCGGAAAAGGUCGAUUGGGCGAAGGAGCGUUUGGAGCAAGCUGUGCCUGUGUCCUCUGUUUUCCACCAGGAUGAGUUGAUCGAUGUCAUCGGGGUUACAAAGGGUCACGGUUUUAAAGGUGUGACAAGCCGCUGGCACACAAAGAAGCUCCCCAGGAAGACCCAUAAGGGUCUGCGGAAGGUGGCGUGCAUUGGCGCGUGGCAUCCAAGUCGAGUGGCAUUCAGCAUUGCGCGGGCCGGUCAGAAAGGCUUCCACCACCGGACUGAAAUCAACAAGAAGAUCUACCGAAUUGGUAAAGGCGUUCACAUCCAGGAUGGAAAGGUGAUCCGGAACAAUGCCUCCACCAAUUAUGACAUCAGCCAGAAGACUAUUACCCCCAUGGGAGGCUUCCCACACUACGGUGAGGUUAAUAAUGAUUUCGUCAUGGUGAAAGGCUGUGUCGUUGGCGCCAAAAAGCGUGUCCUCACGCUCCGAAAGUCUUUGCUGGUGCACUCAUCUCGCAAAUCGUUGGAAGCCAUCGAGCUCAAGUUCAUCGACACCACGUCCAAAUUUGGGCACGGUCGCUUCCAGACCGCGCAGGAGAAGAGAGCUUUCAUGGGCCCACAAAAAAAGGAUGCCUUUAAGACCAUGCCGGAACCUCAAACAGAAGAGGUAUAA